UCAUGAUUCAUGUUCAUGAUGUUGUUAAAUUUGUUUGUUUAUAUAAAUUCUUCCCAAGAAUACAAAAAGUAUUGUUCACAAUGAUAUUUAUAAGUAUUCCCUUUUAAUUUCUGCUCCUAGUAUCUGCAGCUAUGGCACUGCUAGAAGAUUCACUUAUAGUUUCUGUUACACAGGUUUUAUUUUUUGCUGGAGGAUGGGUGUUUUUCAUGAAACAACUGUUUAAAGAUUAUGAGGUACAUCAUGUGUUAGUACAGCUUAUGUUCUCUAUCACAUUCUCAUUGUCAUGUACAAUGUUUGAGUUGAUAAUAUUUGAAAUAUUAGGAGUUCUUGAUUCUAGUUCUAGAUAUGUUCAUUGGAAACUUGGCCUUUAUGCAAUACUAUUCAUGCUGAUAGUUGUCCUUCCAUUUUACAUUGGCUAUUUCAUCCUCAGCAACAUUACAUUCGUUCAGAAGCAGCUUAUUAAGCCUUUAACUAUUGCAUCAUGGCUUGGCUUUAUGUAUUUAUUUUGGAAAAUAGGAGAUCCUUUUCCAGUUCUAAGUCCUGAACAUGGAAUAUUUUCUAUUGAGCAACCAAUCAGUAGAGUUGGGGUUAUUGGCGUUACUUUAAUGGCCUUAUUAUCAGGCUUUGGUGCUGUGAACUACCCUUACACUUCUAUGGCCUAUUUUAUGAGAUAUGUAUCAUCUUCAGAUUUCCAAAUGCAAGAAAAGAAAGUUGCGCAGACUCUAGACAUGAUUAUUAUGAAGAAAAAACGGAUAGCUUUACAUGAAAGAGAAAAGCAGAAGCAGUCAGCAAUUUCUGGUGCAGCUUCAGGCAUUUGGGGAAUGUUGAAAAGUGUCACAACAUCAAGUAAUUCUGUGGAAAAUAUAAACCAAAUGAAACAAGAUGUCCAAGCUCUUGAAGAAUUGAAUAGGCAGUUGUUUUUAGAAGCUGUAGAUAUUCAUAAUAUGUUGGAAAGAAUAGAGUGGUCUAAGACAUUAAAAGGAAAAUAUUUUAAUUGUUUAGGGUAUUUCUUUUCUUUGUACUGUAUGUGGAAAAUCUUUAUA